AGAUCACCUCACCAGCACAUUCAACAAUCACUCAAAAACCUCAUUUUCUCUCCCUUACUCUCGUCGUUAUCGAAGAUAGUUCGAUACAUAUAUAUACAUAAAAGUUGAAUUUAUUUAAUUGAGGUUUUCUUAUUUUCUGAAUCGCGGAAACGAUGUCGUUGAGGCCAAACGCGAGAACGGAGGUGAGGCGGAGCAAGUACAAGGUGGCGGUGGACGCGGAGGAGGGGCGGCGGAGGAGGGAGGACAACAUGGUGGAGAUCCGGAAGAACCGAAGGGAGGAGGGCUUGCUGAAGAAGCGCCGUGAAGGCCUUCAAGCGCAGCAGUUUCAGCCCACCGUCAACGUUCCUCAGCAGGUGGACAAGAAGUUAGAAAGUCUACCGGAAAUGAUCGCUGACGUUUGCUCAAAUGACGGCACACUGCAACUCGAGGCCACAACUCAGUUUCGCAAACUUCUUUCAAUAGAACGAAAUCCACCAAUUGAGGAAGUAAUACGGUCUGGAGUUGUUCCUCGAUUUGUUGAGUUUCUUGCUAGGGAUGAUUACCCGCAGCUUCAGUUUGAGGCAGCUUGGGUUCUUACAAACAUUGCAUCUGGAACAUCUGAUAGCACCAAGGUUGUGAUUGAUCAAGGUGCAGUUCCCAUUUUUGUGAGACUUCUUAGUUCCCCCAGCGAUGAUGUUCGCGAGCAGGCAGUUUGGGCGUUAGGAAAUGUUGCUGGCGACUCACCAAAAUGUCGUGAUCUUGUCCUUAGUUAUGGAGCAUUAAUGCCCUUAUUGGCACAAUUUAAUGACAAAGCAAAGCUAUCCAUGUUGCGAAAUGCAACGUGGACAUUGUCAAACUUUUGUCGGGGGAAGCCACAGCCUCAGUUUGAGCAGGUGAAGCCUGCCCUCCUUGCUCUUGCUCAUCUGAUACACACAAAUGAUGAAGAAGUACUUACUGAUGCAUGUUGGGCACUGUCAUAUCUAUCUGACGGGACAAAUGAUAAAAUUCAAGCUGUGAUCGAGGCUGGCGUUUGCCCUCGUUUGGUUGAGCUUUUACUGCAUCCUUCUCCAUCUGUGUUGAUUCCUGCCCUGCGCACUGUUGGUAAUAUUGUGACUGGAGAUGACAUCCAGACACAGGUUGUUAUUGAGAAUCGGGCACUUUCUUGUCUGCUUAACUUGCUGACUCAAAAUUAUAAGAAAAGCAUCAAAAAGGAAGCUUGUUGGACCAUUUCAAACAUCACCGCCGGGAAUAAGGAUCAGAUUCAGGCUGUGAUUGAGGCUGGUAUUAUUUCACCUCUUGUCCAACUACUUCAAAAUGCGGAAUUUGAGAUAAAGAAAGAGGCUGCUUGGGCUAUUUCAAAUGCCACGUCUGGGGGAACUCACGAGCAAAUCAAGUUCUUGGUGCACGAGGGAUGCAUAAAGCCAUUGUGCGACCUUCUAGUUUGUCCUGAUCCAAGGAUUGUCACAGUCUGCUUGGAGGGUCUUGAGAACAUACUGAAGGUUGGAGAAGCUGAGAAGAACCAAGGAAACACUGAAGAUGUGAAUGUCUUUGCGCAAAUGAUUGAUGAUGCAGAGGGUCUAGAGAAGAUUGAGAACCUCCAGAGUCAUGACAACAAUGAAAUAUACGAAAAGGCCGUGAAGAUACUCGAAACAUAUUGGUUGGAAGAAGAGGAUGAGCAGCUGCCCUCUGGUGAUACUACACAAUCUGGAUUCAACUUCGGAGGUGAACUUCCAGUUCCACCUGGGGGUUUCAAAUUCGGUUGAAGGAUGUUUCUUUCCUUAUUGGAAAUACUCUAGAUCUGGCUGGUCGAGCUUUUGUUCAGAGUCGAGUUGGCGAUCUGUCUGUAGUGUUUUCGUGUCGGGUCCAGAUGCAAAAUGAUUGAAGAGAUACAGUCUAAAGUAUGUUUGAUCCUCUAUGGUGGCCAAAUAAUGAAGUGGGUCGUGUCAUAGCAUCAACCAGGUUAGAUGGUAACACUUGUUCUUUAAAUGCAAGUGAAAAC